AAUAAGGUAUUGGUAUUAUUAAUUUGUGAUUGUGUGAAAAUCCAGAUUAAUUUUAUGGCUGUGUGUGUACUGCUAUUCACUACGUUAUGGGGACCAAAUGUCCCCACAAGUAUAGUAAUACCAGUAAAUUGUAGGUCCCCAUGAGGAAACAAGCUUAUAAAUCAUACAGAAUUGAACUUUUUGAAAAUGUGGAAACAUUUUGUAAACCAGUCUGUGUUUAUGCUAUGUGUAAAAUUGUGUUUUACUAUCGAGGAUUGUGUUAUCUCUCCUUCCCUUCAGGUUAAGUGUCUGGGUGCCAUCUUCACAUGCAAAUAACAUUAACAUAUUAUCAUUUGCGAAAUAUUAAACGUUUUCGACCAUCUCUUUCUGCUGUUAGUACUGCUGUUCUUGUGCAUGCAUUAGUCACUGCAUUAGUCGUAUUGACUAUUGUAAUUCUCUUCUCAGUGGUGUUUAACAGAAACUUCUGUACGAACUUCAAAUGGUCCUCAGCAUCCCGGAUCAUUACACGAACACUGUUGAUAGAACUACAGAAUAGCUAUCGUGAGCAUCCUCUCCUGUGUUUAUAGUGUAAUUGAAAAUCCUGUAUGAUGGGGCAUACAGGUGCAAACUGGGGGGAAAAUAUCGUUUAUGGACUGGGAGCUUUUGAGCUUUUCGGUCGGUCACAUAAUUCGGCACAACACCAGAAUCCGCGCCAGACCAAUUAUUUGUCUAUGCUAAUAAAUAAGACUGAAACUUGUCAUAGAGAGAGAGAGAACUAAUUAUAAUAAAACAUAUAAAGAGAGUGGGUGUGGGUAAUUUACCUGCAAGGAAGUCACGCGCACUGUAGUUGGUUCACAGUCCUCGCGCUUCAGUAGGGCGCGCGCGAGCUAGUGCGUGUAUUUCCUGACGAGUGAAGUCAAAAGUAAAGAGCGCAAACACUGACAAAACGCUACAUGUUUUGAGGAAGAAAAAAAAACGAAUUGAACGACACAUGCAGGAGCAGCAUGGGGAGAUCACACAUGUCUGUCAGGAUAAGAAUACGGAGGCAUAAGGUCUUCCUGUUGUGCUUACUGGGGAUUUGUGUCAUUUCCUUCCUUCAUUACUACAAAGCCCUGCACAAUAUUUCCCUUCUGCAGGAACUCUCAUCUUCCUCCACCCAUCUAAAGACUCUGAAGAUGUUCAGUGGGAUCUUCUGGAGUUUUACGGCUUCUGACUUUACUUCCCAACAAGAUUUGUUCAAACACGGCUACCUGAAGGCUCGAACUUACUCAAAUGUGAUUCUGCCAGAUCCUCCAGAUGGGAAACUUCAUGAACGUACCUUUGUACUCCAUGAUGAUUCCACACCCUUUUUCAUCCACACCAAAUCCGGAGCCUUGUGCUUCCGUGAGGGGACGGAUAUGGCCGCCUCUACAUCUCACCGCAGGUUACUGCAACAUCACAAGAAGAAAAACAGCUCCAAAGGCGACACGAUCAAUGCAGGCGAGAAAGUCGUUCAGUGUCCCUGUCGGCAGGGUUGGCACGGCCCUCACUGUGGCAUACCUACAGUUGUGUAUCAUUCCAAUCUCCCGUCCAAGUUAAAAGUAACACCCAGAAAAGUUCCACGUCGAGUCAUCAAUGCCAUCAACAUCAACCACGAGUUUGACCUACUACACGCUCGAUUUCAUGAACUCGCAGAUGUCGUGGACGUGUUUUUGGUUUGCGAAUCCAACUUUACAGCGUACGGUCAAUCGAGACCCCUUAAUUUCCGGCAUAUGAUCCUAAAUGGAACGUUCGACUACAUUAAGCACAAGAUUUUGUACAUCUUCCUGGACCACUUUCCAGAUGGCGGCCAUGCGGACGGCUGGAUCGCGGAUGAUUACCUGCGGACAUAUUUGACUAAAAAUGGAAUGUCGAGGGUCCAAGGCCUCAAAGAGGACGAUGUUUUUCUCAUCGAUGAUGCGGAUGAAAUUCCUGCUCGAGAUGGAAUCCUUUUCCUCAAACUCUACGACGGCUGGACGGAACCGGUCGGGAUACACAUGCGCAAAUCACUAUAUGGAUUUUUUUGGAGGCAGUUUGGAACGUUAAACAUCUUAUCUGCUUGCACGGUAGAUAUGCUCUUUAAGGUUUACAAGGGAGAUGGGAUUCUUCUUCGGCGCCGUACCUAUUAUUCCUUGUCGGGAUUCCGGGAAUACGAGAACUCCUCGGGACGCAUUCUAAUACCGUGGGCCAUCGGAAGCCCCAUACACUAUGCUGGAUGGCACUGCUCUUGGUGUUUCAAACCAGAAGGGAUUUAUUACAAGCUCAUAUCAGCCCAGAAUGGAGACUUCCCACGUUGGGGCGAUUACGGGGAAAAGCGGGAUAUAAGUUAUAUUAAAGGGUUAAUACGGACAGGGGGUUGGUUUGAUGGGUCUGUGCCAAACUACCCACCCACAGACCCCAAAGAGCAUAUGUACGCUCCCAAAUACAUCCAUAACUAUAAUAAAUAUCACUAUUUGCUGGAGAACCCAUAUGCCAAAAAGAAACAUUAAGAGGAACUGGUCUGUUUCAAAUGGGUGUAUACUAAGUUACUGAGUUGAUUCUCAAGAAAAGUCAUCACUGUUCGCUCCCUUUUUGCUGUAAAAAUAUCAUCCUUUAAAUUUAGCAAAGUCAAAAUGGACAAUUCUUAUUUUUUAUGGAAUAUUGCUGUAUUUAUCCAUUCACAUCAUUUUUUUUUUUAAAUUCAUGUGCUCUUACUCUUACACAAAAUAACUUCCCCUCACUCUUGCAGCA